AUUAUUGUUAAAAGUUUUAGUUGUUAUAUAUUAUAAUGUGUUUCAUGGUCUCUUGUGAUACAACUAAUAGCAUUAAUUUGGCCAAAAAUCUAAUAAAAUAGAGAAGCAUGCUUUCCCAUUUUACCAUGUCAGAUUAUGUACACAUAAAAGUGAGGUAGGUCAAUCUAAGCCUCUAUGAAGUGCUAACAGAUAAAAGUGUAACAGCUGGCUGUGAUUGCAUUAUUUUUAAUGCAGGAACUGCCUUUGAUUGUGCAGUUUAUUAAAAUGGGAGAGACUCUUCUUUUCCAGGAGUCUCGCAGGACGACGUGAGUUUAUUCACGUUUCCCUCAUAAACGGUGGUGACGCCACUGCAAAGUUAACGGGAAACAUUUCCCACUCUUGGCUCAGGAACGCUUGUCAAGGGCAAGUGAUGGUAGACUGUCAGGAAGCCAUGAGGUGGACUGAGCAGGAUUCAGACGCUGACUAACACUGCUUGGGCUAUUUCCAUAACGGUGAGACAACAGCUUGAGCAGCAGACAACAGCUGCGGCUUAGGUGUGCAUAUUUGCCACACAGUCAGUACGCUAUUACCAAAAUCAUACCUUUUGGUUUCCCUCCUCUGGAGAUGAGGGCUCGGGGCCCACACACACAGGCCACACACCGACUCUGGCAAAUGGGAAGUUGCUCAGCCGAUUACAUUUGGCAAUAAAAUUACAUCUUAGUCACAGCCAGAGAAAAAUCAACGGCACUGUAAUGAAUGUGGACCAGGGCACAUUCUAAGCCAGAAAAAACCCCUGAAGUGUUUCUGAAUCUUGAUUUUAUAACCGUGGAAUCUAAGUACAGUAGGAGAUUUGUCUUUUACAGAUUUAGGUCUAAAUAAACAAGUAAGGGAUCUUGGAAGAGGCACAUUGUGGGAAGUUAAGUUUAAGAUGGCACAGCUUUGUAAUUGGAAAGAGUGUUGUAUUUCAAUAAAAUCAAAGACUGAAAUUACCUUAAAAACGAGAUGAAUUAGCUGUACCCUUUAUAGCUAUUUUAACUUUCAAACUUAAUCUUUAAAUUUAAUCUUAAACACUGUGAAGGAAAAUGAGCAUUCAGAUUUCUCAAACAUGAUUAUUCCAGUGCAAAUAUUACUGAUCUAAAAAAAAAAAAAAGAAUAAAUCCUAUCACGUCUUUCCACAAACUCUUCAUUUCUUCCCCUUCCUCUUGGUUCCUUGUGUCACAAAGUAUCCACCAUCUGAAAACAGAGCAGCCCUGAAGGAGGAUGGAUGACCCACUUCUGACUCAGGCGAUGUAUGUGCACUGCUUCACAUACACGCUUAUUGAUAUGUUGCGUAGAUUCCUUCAGCCACAGCCCCAGCAGCUUUCUCCACAGGCCCAAAUCCUCGCCAAGCUGUUUUGGAGCCUGUUGUCACGCCCACAAAGCAGCACCUGUAACAUUGUAACAAAAACAGGCAGCAAGCUGUAAGAGGCAGGAAUGCAGCGGUGGCUCUGCUGUUUAGAUAAGCCUGAAACAAACCCAAGUUUUAUUCGUGUCUUAACUCAAUCUUGAGAUUUGCUUUCAAGCGUUGCCAUCACAAUAGCAACAGCUUUAACAGUCUGUAAAGAUAACCAGGUUGUUUCCUGAAAGGAAGAUGCGACAUUUUUAGAUUCAUAGAAAACCAGCCUCGUCGUCCCGUCGCUCGGCAUAAAAUAUGACGGUGGGCCUCGAGCAUGAACUCAACACGUGCUCCCACACUCACUCGUGCACAAAAAUAGCUGAAAGAUUUAUCCCUUGCUCUCCUCCCGUUUUGUUUCCAGUGACAUUUUCAGAUGCAGCCCUGGACCACAUGCACGCAUACUCACAGCUUACAAGCAUUCGCCUUCCCUUCUUGUGCCUCCGUGUGCCCAAACAGGGAUCGGAGGUCAUGGGUAUUUUUAGACAGAGUAUUAAAGUCCUCUCAAGAUGUGACAGCUGUGUAUGUUUGUGAGUGUUUCUGUUGGCAGUGACUCGACAACGGGUUUUAUUUCUUUCCAUUUGCCUUCUUUGUUUCUAUGGUCUUUUUUUUUAUCUUCCCUGAAGAGUCCAUCAUGGCAGGUGAUAUGAUGUUGCUAAUGCGAGGCCUGGCUAAGCUGAGCCAGGCAGUCGUAGAGACUCAGACCAACACCCUCCGCAGUGGGACAGCCCCAGGAAUAGGCGCUGCUGUCCAAAGUGUCCAAUCAGCUGCGGAGCAAGGCAUCUCGGCAGCCAUGGUAAAAAUCCAGGAAAUGUCCGGCCAGCAGCAAAGCUAUUCCUCAGAGUCCGACUUCGACUUUCCUCCAGAUGACAGCACAUUCAACACUUCAGAGUUCAGGGAUGAAGGUGCAGACUUCACAGUGGAUCACUCAGGAAGCAGCGAUGACGCAGCAACAGGGGCGAAGCAUGCCAGUGGGAAACACUCAGUAUUUGAAGGAUACAAAGACCCCAGCAAACAGUUCAGUGGGAACACCAGAUCCUACCACCAAGAUGUGAGACAUCUUAGUGGACGUCAGCUCUACAACCACAGAAUGAACAAACAUGUGUGGAGGCAGCUUUACUUUCAGCAUCCUGUCAGUCAGUUCAGGAGCUACCAUCAGGACCCAUCCACGAUGGGGGGAUUGACGGCCGAAGACAUCGAGAAAGCUCGUGAGAGCAAGGGGACUGAUGGAAAACCACAUAAACAGAUGCUGAGUGAGAGAGCCAGAGAGAGGAAAGUGCCCGUGACCCGGAUCAGCAGAUUGGCCAACUUUGGAGGUCUGGCUGUAGGUUUGGGUAUUGGAGCUCUAGCAGAAUUCGCCAAGAAGAGCAUCAGACAAAACGGCGCAGAAGGUGAAAACAGGAAAGCAGUUCUGGACUCGAGCCCUUUCCUGUCCGAGGCCAACGCUGAGCGCAUUGUCAGAACUCUGUGCAAAGUCAGAGGAGCUGCAUUAAAGUUGGGACAGAUGCUCAGCAUUCAAGAUGACGCUUUCAUCAAUCCUCAUCUUGCCAAGAUUUUUGAGCGUGUGAGACAGAGUGCUGACUUCAUGCCAAUCAAACAAAUGACAAAAGCACUGAAUAACGAUUUGGGCCCAAACUGGAGGGACAAGCUGGAAAUGUUUGAGGAACGCCCUUUUGCGGCAGCGUCCAUCGGGCAGGUUCACCUUGCACGGAUGAAGGAUGGCAGGGAGGUGGCCAUGAAAAUACAGUAUCCUGGUGUGGCUCAGAGUAUCAACAGUGAUGUCAACAAUUUGAUGACGGUGCUGAAUAUGAGCAAUGCUCUGCCUGAAGGUCUGUUUCCAGAGCACCUGAUAGAUGUCAUGAGAAAAGAGCUAGCCCUGGAGUGUGACUAUAUUAGAGAAGCCCAGUGUGCAAGGAAGUUCAGGGAGCUGUUAAAGGACCAUCCGUUCUUCUACGUACCAGAGGUGAUAGACGAGCUGAGCAGCCGCCAUGUUCUCACUACUGAACUCGUUCCUGGAUUUCCCCUGGACAAAGCCGAGAGCCUCUCUCAGGAGCUGAAGAACGAGAUCUGCCUCAACAUCUUGACUCUGUGUGUCAGAGAGCUGUUCGAGUUCAGGUACAUGCAGACUGACCCAAACUGGUCCAACUUCUUCUAUGAUCCACAGGCGCACAGGGUGGCGCUGUUGGACUUUGGAGCCACGAGAGGAUUUGAUCAAUGUUUCACUGAUGUCUACAUAGAGAUAAUCCGUUCAGCUGCCAUGGGCAACAGGGAGGGAGUACUAAAGAAAUCUAUCGAGAUGAAGUUCCUGACCGGUUACGAGUCCAAGGCAAUGGUGAAUGCCCACGUGGAUGCAGUGAUGAUCCUCGGCGAGGCUUUUGCCUCCUCGGUGCCCUUCGACUUCGGUUCCCAGUCCACCACCGAGAGGAUCCACAACCUCAUCCCCGUGAUGCUCAAACACCGGCUCACCCCGCCCCCGGAGGAGACAUACUCGCUCCACCGUAAGAUGGGCGGCUCGUUCCUCAUCUGCUCCCGGUUGAAUGCUCAGCUGCAGUGCAGGGAGAUGUUCGAAAUGUCGUAUCAGAAGUACUGGGAAGGCCGCACGCCACCGUCUGACUCGGCAUAAAACCAAUCUGUGUUUGGAAUUAUGAUGGACUGGAUGGGGGGGAAGGGGGCCAACAGAAAAGUGCCCAUAGAUACCAAAACGGAGGAAGGAAACUGUCGUCGAGCGCCAGCGUGUUGGGCAUCCAAUGAAAAGACCCGCAUACAUAUCAACACCCAUCAUUUUUGGUUUGAAAGAGGGAGCAGCAACAUGGUGUGCGUGUUGCGUUUAAGGCCAGAAGAAAAAAAGCUGUAAGAGACAAGAGUGAAGGAGAGAAGCAGCCUUGUUUUAGGUGUAAACUGAGUGUAAAAAGGUUGAAUUUGCAUCUCUUGAUGAUUUCACGAUGAUUCUUGCAUCUUAUGUUGCUGUGUUUUGUUGAGCUUUGGGAUACACUGUAAAGUUUGCUCUUUACCGUAAAUGUCACAACAUUGCAUUGCGUUAACUAAGCUUUCAUUUUAGGCCAGAAUAACAAUGCAGGUAUUUCUGCUUCUUUUUUAAAAAAAAACAAACACAUUUAAUUAGAUAUUAUGGCUAUAAAUAAUAGGUAUUGGUCUAAAAGCAGACUGCAGAUAAUUACAGUCUUUUUUUUUUAUAAAAUAAAAAUAGAGAUGAUGAGAAUUAUUCAAGCAUUUUGUUUAGUUUAGUUUUUUUUUUUUUUUAAAGGGGGUGACAAAGUGAUAUUUCUCAGCACUUACACACAAGAAUGUGUGACUUUAGCAUAUGUAUAUGUAGUAUACAGGAUCUUGUGUAUUAAUGCAGCCAGACAGUACUAAAUGAUGUUGUUUAUAGCUUGUAGCUUCUAAGGGAAAUUGUUUUGGGCAUGAGAUUAAGUCAAGCUUAAUUCACAGGAGGAUGAAAGUCUCUAAUUUAAAUAGGUUCUGUCCUCUUUUUGGGUUUUAAACAGUGUUCAUAUGGACUAACUAGCCAAGUUAGCAUCAUUGUUGCUCAAAAUUUAAAUUCUGUCAGACAUAAUUCAGAUUUCCUGAAUCUGAAUUGUUUUUUUUCCUUAUUUUCAGUCAGAAACUAACAAACCACAUGGAUCCAUGUUGCUCUCUGCUUAGAAAUGAAUGUUUCCCAGAAGAAACAGGUCAUAGCUCACACAUCAAACACUGGACCUGAAUGUUCACAAACUACCUGGAUGGGAAGCGCUCGUCCUGAUAACGCACAAGAUCAGCUUGUGGGCUUGGCUCGCUCCCACAAGUCGGUAAUCUCUCCACGCCUCCUUGGGUGAAAAAUCCUCCUAACUGGUGUGUGACUGUGAAAGUUCUCUGUGAUCUGCUGUGUGAAUACUGUUAUGAUGAUAUGAUGAUAUGGUGUGAAAAUGGGGGGGGGGGAGAAAAAAAACAAGGUGCCUGAUGUUUCUAGCAGAUGGUUUGUAGCUAGAAAUCUCUACUUUAUAUUUCAUAUUAAGCAUCACUGAGCAGAGGGUUUCAAUUUUGUAAUCGAAAUGCAUUCUUAACUGAACGUUGUAAUAAAAUAUAUGAAAAGAGUAAAUGUUUGAGCUACUCUG